AGAUAAUGCCAACUAGGGAGCAGUGCCCUGCCUCCAACCCCAAACCAAACUCAACCAUCUUCUCAGUUAAAAACCCGACUUCCUUUUAAACCCAACGCUCAAACUCUACUUCUCACAACAAUCUUGUCCCCAACAAUGGCGACUCCAAAUCUCCCCCCUCUCUUCGCCGUCGCCCUCUUCUUUUUCUCUCUCUUCCCCUUCACUCUCGGUCGCACUUCGCCGGAGCUUUCUCGCUCUUCCUCCUCCUCUGCUUCUCUCGAUGUUUCAGCUUCUCUGCAACAAGCCAACCACGUCCUCAAAUUCGACCCCAAGCCUUUCAUGUCCUUCCAACAGCAGGUUCAGGUUGUUCCCUCCAACUCUUCCUUCUCCUUCUCUCUUCAGCUCCACCCUCGCGAUGCUCUUCACAAUGCCGGACAUAAGGACUACAAGACCCUCGUCCUUUCCCGCCUUGUCCGCGACUCUUCUAGAGUUAAAUCGCUCUACGAUAGGCUUCAAUUUGCUCUCAGUGAAUUGAAGAGCUCGGAUCUUCACCCGCUGAAAACCGAGAUUCUGCCCGAGGAUCUGAGUACUCCGAUUGUCUCUGGCACCAGUCAAGGAAGCGGCGAGUAUUUCUCCCGCGUCGGCGUCGGACAACCGGCUAAGCCAUUCUAUAUGGUUCUUGACACUGGUAGCGAUAUCAAUUGGCUUCAAUGUCAGCCUUGUACGGACUGUUACCAGCAAACCGACUCCAUUUUUGACCCGAGAACUUCCUCUACUUUUGCUUCACUUCCCUGUGAAUCUCAGCAAUGUCAAGCUCUAGAAACCUCUGGUUGUCGUGCUUCGAAGUGUCUUUACCAGGUCUCGUACGGCGAUGGUUCAUUCACCGUCGGCGAAUUCGUAACGGAAACGCUGUCCUUCGGUAACUCCGGGACGAUUAACAACGUCGCUCUCGGCUGCGGCCACGACAACGAAGGAUUGUUCGUCGGAUCCGCUGGAUUACUCGGACUUGGUGGCGGAUCAUUAUCCCUCACUUCUCAGAUGAAAGCUUCGUCGUUCUCAUACUGUCUUGUCGACCGUGACUCUAGUUCGUCUUCAUUUCUCGAGUUCAAUUCCGCUGCAUCGAGUGACUCAGUAAAUGCUCCAUUACUCAAAAGUGGAAGAGUCGAUACAUUCUACUAUAUCGGACUCAUCGGAUUGAGCGUCGGUGGCCAGAUACUGUCAAUUCCUCCUAAUCUCUUCCAAAUGGACGAUUCCGGCUACGGCGGCAUCAUCGUCGAUUCAGGAACUGCGAUAACUCGGCUGCAAACUCAGGCCUACAACACCCUUCGCGACGCCUUCGUCAGUCGCACACCGUACCUGAAGAAGACGAACGGCUUCGCAUUAUUCGACACAUGUUACGAUCUGUCGUCACAGUCUCGAGUGACCAUUCCGACAGUGUCGUUUCAAUUCGCCGGCGGGAAGUCUCUGCAGCUGCCGCCGAAGAACUACCUCAUCCCGGUGGAUUCCGCCGGAACAUUCUGCUUCGCGUUCGCCCCAACGACGUCGUCUUUGUCCAUCAUAGGUAACGUCCAGCAGCAAGGGACACGUGUCCACUUUGAUUUGGCAAACUCGGUCGUAGGGUUUUCACCCAAUAAAUGUUAAAGGGGGAAAUAUAAAUUAGGUUUUUGUCCUUUUUUGUGUGGGAAUUUACGAAAUUAGGGUUGUGAUGAAUUAUAAUUUUAAUUUAAUUAGGGGAAAUUAAUUGGGUUGUUUAAGGAGGGGCCGGUGGAUAUGGAUAAGUAAAAUGGGGCCAUUGAAAUCAAUUGGAGAAGGGUUUGGCAUGUGCUCCUCAUAAAUCAAUCAUAAUUGUACUCUCAAGAUUCAGUUGAGUGGCAUGUAUAGUAAAUAGAGUGCAAAAUUGUGGGCAACUUUCAAUUCCCUCCUUGUGCUACAUACUCAAUUGCCCUUUACACAAUAGUGUGAAUGGAGGGAAGCAAAGUACACACAAACGUACAUAUGCUAAUUUAAGCAUAUUUACGUCAAGGUAUCCAUUAUCAUCUUAUAUAUAUAAAUCUUUUGGUUUAAAUA